AUGAUGGAUUUCGAUGAUGAUGAUGAUGAUAAUGUACAAGAAUAUCCUACAAUGUCUAUGACACCAUUAGAAAAACCCAAUGUUACUUGGCAACAUCAAUGGUCACCUAGCGAAACACAAGAUGCUGUAUCACAGUCACCAUUCGCUACUAUUCCUAGUGAAAUCAUGUUAUAUAUCUUUCAAUUUCUUUCCGUGCCUGAUUUAUGUAAUAUCUCAUUGGUUUGUCGAUCUUUCAAAAUGGUCGCUGAUCAAGAUGAAAUCUGGAAAUUAAAAUGCACAAUGUCAAAGAAAUUAUAUUCGAAACCAUUCAAACAAAUCUAUAUGGAAUGGAUACAUGAAAAAUGUUUACGCAAUGCAAAAUUGCGAUAUCAAUUAGGAUGGCAUACAACCGCAUGUAUCAGAUGUUUACCUCCAUUGUAUCCAAUUCGUUCAACAACUAACUCUCAAUUUGAACCUAUUGGUGGGUUUGAUAAACAUCCAAAUUCGUCAUCAAACAUGACUAUUGAAUUAUCCGUUGAUAUUGACAAGACAACUCGUGAACUAAUCAAACUGUUAGAAAAAGCAUCUGAAUUUCAAGACCUAUGGGAAAAAUCAUCUAUUUUAAAACAAAUGAUAAGACGAUAUUAUCGUUUUAUGCAAUUGAAAGCAUCUUUACCAACAAACAUCCUACUGAUUCCAACUUUGGAUAUUGAAAUUAUUUGGCAAACUCAUUUACUUCGACCAGAUAUGUAUCAAGCCGAUUGUUUACGUUUGUUCCGUCGAAUAAUUGAUCAUUCAUUGGUAAUUAAUGAUACUGAACAGUUUUUCAAAGAACAAGCAUUUGUCGAUACCUGCCAGUUAUACGAACAACGAUUUGGCGAACAUUAUUGUUGUUUGCCAUCAGCUGAAAAGAAAAAAGAGACUGAUUCAGAUUUUCUUUAUGAUCCGUAUUAUACUAAUAAUAAGAUGAAUUACAGUUAUUCUUAUUGGGAUAAGACACAGUUCAACUUUUUCUCACGAGCUCCAACAGAUUACGAGAAUCCAUUCUCUUUCACUGAAGCUGACAUUACCUUAGAUAGUAGAUGGCUGGAUAUGUGCAAACAAUUUAUGUUUGAUGCAUUGAAUCAAGUUGAUGUUAAACAUGGUUAUUAUUAUUCAUCAAAAAAAAUCGAUCUAAGCGUUGGAGCGAUGAAAAGAUUAAUGAAAUCUUACGAACGAUUUUUGUAUAUGGCCGCUAAAUAUCCAUUGAUAGAUGACAAUGGUUUUGUACCUCCAACAUAUGCGAUUGAUAUAAUGUGGCAUUCUCACAUGCAAGAACCAUUGAAAUAUAUUGCAGAUUGUCAUCGUCUUGUUGGUUAUGUGAUUUAUCAUGGACCAUGGCCAAUUAUUGAAGGCAAUACAAUGAAGAAAUCACGAGAGAAAACAAAUCAAAUUUGGAAAGAUGAAUUUGGUAGUGGCAUACAAACAGAUCAUUUGUAUAAUACUCUUGAUCAACAGGCCGACUGGGAUUAA